AGAGACGCUGAACAGUAUUUGAGCAAAAGGAAAUCCUCUGCCAAGUCAGUGUUCAGAGGACCUUCGACGCAGGCAGCCGAAAAUUCUAGUUUUGCUCGUUUGUACAGGCAGACAGAAAGAAGCAAAAAAAAAAAAAAUAGAAUAAAUCUCAAGUGGUAAUUCAUAAGACCAAAAAGCCAGCGUUACGCAUAUACUAUGAUGAAAGGCGUUUCAUCUGUGGCCAAGUGAAAGAAAAAAGAAAUUAGUGCACAAAACAAGCGUGACCAGCCAGUAUUGAUUUAAAACGCCCAGCCGUGUAAUAAGUGUGACAAGCCGCAAAAUUGUUGUUUAUAUAAAUUUUCACAGUGUUUAAAUAUUGUGUGCAAAUAUUGUGAGACAUUUCGAAUUUAAUUUAUUUUUAUUUAUUGAUUUUUUCCUUGCACUUGCCCUUUUGUUUAAUUCAGUACUUGCAGCGUGUACAAAAAAAGAUGAAAAUUCAUUACAAGUUGAAAGAAUUUAUAUAACUUCGAAAGUGAAACUUCUUUUUCUCGUGCAGGCUUAAAAGAAAACCCUAUUAAAAAAUUUCUGCCAAGUGUAAUAAAAGUAAAGCGCAAAGGCAAAAGGAAAAGGAAAACGAAGCCAACAAAAAAGAAGAAGAAGAAGCAUUUGCAGACGCAACACCACAAAAAAUAGAGAGAAAAGAGAGCAAGCUCAGCUUGAGAGCGAGUGCCAGAGAGCAAGAAAGGCGCGCGUGUGUGUGGGCAACAAAAGCAACAACAACGAUAACAACAACUCCAGCACCACCACCACCCACUACAACUGUCUCUAUACACGACGACUACAACGACAGCGCUAAUCCUUUAAAGUGCUAGUGCUGCAAAACGGCGAGCAAAGACAAAAGAAAAGACAAAAGCAACAACAAAAACAAAUUGCAUCAAACAUCAUGUUCUCGGGUCUAACAAAUCAAUUCACUUCUCUGGUGGGCGCCGUCAAGGGCGGCGCUGGUGAUGAGGAUGUACCAGCACCGCCAGGAGAAGGCGGCGCCGCAGCUCCUGCAGCGCCAGCUGAGGCAGUUAUCCCCACAGUGGAUCAGGAUGCGGCUGCUGCUGCUGCUGCGGCAGCUGGUGGGGAGCAGCCACUAGAAGGCGAGGAUGGUGCCAAAAGCUUGCCAAAAUCCAACUCACUGGUAGAUUCCAUUGUCAGCGAAGCCACCGGUUGGUUGGGCAGCGCUAAGGGCUGGCUAGGCAAUGCCUCUGCCUCGAUACCAUCGAUGCCGGCUAUGCCAUCGAUGCCAUCCAUGCCCUCGAUGCCAGCCAUGCCAGCGAUGCCAUCGAUACCUUCGAUACCGGGUCUGCGCAAGACCGGUGCCGGCGAGGGCGCCGAGGGUGCGGAAGGCAUACCCGGAGAUGUUACAGCUGCGGGCGGCGCCCCAAUCGGUGUCGAAGAUGAUGACAAGUCGAGGUAUAUUAGCGCUACAGAGGGUGCCGAUUCGCAUCCAGCAUCUGGUGGCGGCACGCCCACAGGCGAUGAGGGUCAGAUUGGACAGGGUAAGGGCGAUGAAGUAAAAAUUACCACAAAAGUAACACAACAGGCCAAACACUUUGGCUCCUUCUUGUCAUCGGCCAUUAGCAAGGCUGGCACCAAAAUCAAGGAAACAGUCAAGGAUAAUACCAUACUCGACUCGUUCAACAAGGAGCAGGAGGCCUUUAUUAAGGGUCAGGGCGGUAUUGGCGGCAAUGGUGCAGCACCCUGGAUCGGACAUGCCAAUGAGGCCAAGAUUAAGGAGGAGAUAUUGGGUUUGUCACAGGAUCGUCGCAACUUUGUACGCGCACCACCCGCUGGCGUGGACUUUGACUUCAGCUAUGACACGGCAUAUCCCACAGCCAUAGCCAUUAUGGCCGAGGAUAAGGCGCUCGAAACUAUGCGCUUCGAAUUGGUGCCCAAGAUCAUUACUGAGGAGAACUUCUGGCGAAAUUAUUUCUAUCGCGUUUCGCUCAUCAUACAGGCCGCUGAACUUGGCACUCUGGGUGCCGAUGGUGUGGGUCAGGCCUCAAGCGGUGAAGAUGCCAAGCAUCUGCAAGAAAAAGACAAAGACAAUGCCAAUCAAGCCAAAAAAGAUAGCCAAGUUAAAAUUGUGGCAGAUGCCGCUGCAGCUGCUGCCGCUGUUGCCACAGAGCAGCCCCAAAUGUCAGCGGCAGAGACAAAAGAGUCUAAGCGGCCGAAAGAUGGAGCUGCCCACAAGAUCUCCGAGUCCGAGUUCGUUUCGGACGAAUUUCAAACCUCCAAUGAUACCGAUUUGGCCGAAAUUAAAGAUGGCAUGCGCAAGCUGGGCAUUGAUAGCAUGACCCAACAAGCGCUUGCCAGCAAUGAUGAGGAACAAUGGGAAAAGGAUUUGGAGGCUGAACUUAAAGACUAUGAAGUUGUCGACGAUGGUGGCACCAGCACCAGCACCGGAAGAUCGGCCAAACGCAACAAUCUGGCCGAUGGGGAAGAGGAGGAGGAAGCACCGACAAUAUCUAAUUUGCGCACACGUUCAACAAACAACGAUUGGGAGGAAGAGUAUGCGGAUUUAAUUGAGGAUACCGAUGAUUUAAAGUAAUUAAGAGCUUAUAUCGUAGUUUCUUCUAAGUUGGCUCUAAGUUUAUAACUAUACUACUUUUCUUUCCUUUCCUUUCCAUUCUAUUUUUUAACAAUAUUUCUUUUAUUUACUGAACCCAACUAAUUUCCGAACUAUACUAUACUAUAAUAUGUGUACCGACAGAACUUUGAAGAGCCUUAAACGUACCAUGUUGGGCUAUCAAUGAGACGAGGCCUUCUUUACGCUAUUCUAGUGUUGGCGUAAAGAUAUUGAUUAUGUAUAUAGAACAUGCCUCCUCGGGGCCUAUUGGAAAAGUUGGUUGAGAAAUUGGCAGAACUCUAAAAGCAAAGCAUUUUAUUCAGUUACCUUAAAACAUGAUAUAAGACACUAAAAACAAAGCUCCUUAAAUAUUUCAACUUUCGGCAGAAACAAAGACAUAAAUAACCAAAAUUGCAGAAAACAAAACAAAAAAUUAAUAAAUUAAAUUAAUUUUGCAA